CAUGACUUCGCAUUGGCCGCGAUCUGUGACAUUGGAGACGCUGGACUGAGCCUGAGGUUCAUCAGCUUUUUGGUCAAAUAGAAAUUAGACAUCAAUUGCGGAGUGAGCUUUCUACCAACACAUAAUCUCGGAGAGCUAUUUCUUCAAAUCUAUUUUUCUACUUUAGCACCGUGCUGGACGGAUCUGCCAUAGAGGAUAUAUGUUUGGUAAAGGUGCGAAGCGGAAGCUGGACGAGGAUGAAGAGGGGCUGGAAGGCAAAACGCUGGAGGCGUCGGUGGCGGGAGGGGGACUAGGCUUUGGUCCAGAGGGCCUGUCGAAGGUGUCAUACACCCUGCAGCGCCAGACCAUCUUCAACAUCUCCCUGAUGAAGUUGUACAGCCAGCGGCCGCUUGGUGAGCCCAGCCUAGAGCGCCGUGUCCUUAUCAACAACAUGCUGCGACGCAUCCAGGAUGAACUCAAGCAGGAAGGCUCCCUGCGGCCACUGCUCCUGCCGCCGUCGCCACCACCCGACGACCCCAUGGAUGAGGGCUUCCGUGAGGCGCCGCCCUCCUUUGGUGUUUUGUCAGCGGCAGCAACAGCACAGGUAUCCCAGCCUUCUACGCUGUUGAUGCCGGUGAUCGCUCCACCGCCUUCACCCCACCCAAUGGUGCCUCCCAACUGCCAGGCAAACCAGGCCUGUCCCGGCCGUGUGGAGGCCUGCCCCGCCCCACUGGAAGCCUGCCUCACUCCAGCCUCUUUACUGGAGGAGGACGGUGGAGAUUCAACCUUUUGUGUUCCAUCCCCACCCACUCCUCCUCUGUCGCCUCCCCCAGUGCAGUCUCCCCCGUUACCUUCGGCACUUCUGAGCCAGGUGUCCCCCAGGGUCCCUGCGUCUGCCUCGUCCAGUGACGGUUUCCCCUCCACUCUGAGUGACAUGGAGUUGGGUCCUCCCACAGCCAUAACAAGGACAGCAGCAGCUAAUACUACGACCGUGACUACCUCCCCAGCUCCCACGCCACUCACCCGGCCCUCCCAAUUAGCACCCCUCUCCCCAACACCCGCAGGCCCACCCAGAGACUGCAGGACCAUGGGUGCUAAACCAGAGGCACCUGGUGUCUUACUAGCAGAAGCUCGCUGUGGCGAGCUCCGGCCGAUGGACCCUCUGCCCACACUGCCCCCUGGUAGCUUAGUAGACUCCUCUUGUCCUUCCUCCCCUCCUUCCUCUGCCUCACCCUCGGGGUUUCUCUCAGACUUGGCGCUGGACGAUGUCCUGUUCGCCGACAUCGACACGUCCAUGUAUGACUUUGACCCCUGUAUGACAACGGGGACUGUGGGCGUGACGGCAGGUGGCAGCCUCACCAAACUGUCACCGGUGGUGACGACAGAUGACCUCCUCAAAUCACUGGCGUCGCCAUACAGCAGCUCCGCCCCCCAGGUUUCAGCCAAUCAGCCUUUCAAAAUUGAUCUGACAGAACUGGACCACAUCAUGGAGGUGUUGGUGGGUUCGUGACUCGCAGAUACCACCACCUCAGAAACACACACAGUUUAAUCUGGAGAACAGACUGGAAUGAAAAUUUGGGAUCGCUUUGGGGGUUUUCUUGGUUGUUGUUUUUAUGUUUUUUUUUUGUUUUUUUUUUACUUACUUCAAAGGUCGGUAAUUGUAAACAUCAAUGGUGAUGUCAAUUAGUACUACUAUGACAACUACUACUACUACACAACACUGUGCAUGCACUGUGCUCGCCUUUCCAAAUAUGGAAAUGAAGUAACUGGGAAACAAAGACAGAAAUGAGUUUGUAUUUCUAUACUUGUGAGGACCUCCAUUGACUCCAUUCAUUCCCUAACCCUAAUUUAAACCUAAUCCUAGUUCUAAUCUUUAACCUGAACCUAAGCCUUAACCCCGAGGAGUAACUGUAAAUAGAAAAAAAAGGAGGACCGGCAAAUUGUCCUCAUUCUGGAGGAUUUUGCGAUCAUUAUAUCCUUGUGAGGACUUCUACCUCUCACAGGUAAAGAAAUACAAUUGAACACAGAUAAAUAUAACAUUACAUAACAUGCAUACACACACACACACCACACACACACACUGAAUUCAUGGCUUUUAGCAGAUGAGUGCCUUUCAAAAUGACCACUUAUUCAAUUCCUGUUUUUUACAGUAUAUAUAUAUUUUUUUUUACUAGUUCUUUUCACUUUAACAGCCUAGAGAGGUCACUCCUCAGUGUUUUUUUUAAUUUAUUGUAUUGUAUUAAAACUAUAAUUAAAAAAGGUAAUUUGUUAAGAUCAAAUAAUAAUUAUUUAAUCUUAUUACAGAUGCUAUGUUUUAUUUGUUAAGCAAGCAUAAAAAGGUUUUACGAGAAAUGCAUUGUUUUACCAGUGUGCUACAUUACAUAUUAGCUUGGCUAUAUAAUUAUGCUUUGGGAAUAGCUCCAAAACACAUCACCUAGUUGUUUGUUUAACUCUUUAGCUAGUAGGAAAUGUCUGUUCUUGUACACAUCAUGUCUAUGAAUUCAGUUCAGGACUUUUUUUUUUUUUUUUUUUUUGCUUUCUUUCCUUAUUGGCAGGCACAUAUAACUGUGCUGGAUGCUA